AUGGAGGACCCGGAAAGGUCGCUCGAUGUCACCGAGACGUCGAGCGUUACCAUGGAUAACGAUUCUCCAUCCCCUGACUUGAGUCUCUCGAUCGAUACAACCGAAGAAUAUGAGACGACCGAAAGGAAAUUUGACAUUGUAGCAAUCCAUGGCCUUGGGGAUCAGGAGAGCAGGCAAUGGAGCUCAAGUAAGACCGAGACCUGGAUUCAGGACUUGGCCUCCCACAUGAAAUGGGAAGUACGUGUUAUUCGAUAUGCCUAUGAUGCCACAAAGUUAGCAGAGGCUACGUAUCCUGAGGAUGCUAUUUCCUCUGAGGCCUCUGCACUUCUUCAAAAGCUUGCUGAGUUGAGAAGCGACCAGAAAACGCCGUUACCAAUAGCGUUCUUUGGCCACGACAUAGGAGGUAUCAUAGCCAAGAAGGCUUUGAUACUAGCAAGCCGAUAUGACAGCGAACAUGGUGAUAUGAGUUACUCAACGAAACUUUUGGUGUUCUUCGGCUGUCCACACAGAACUCUGGAUACACAUCAAGACACCGAAAUUCUUGCAACCAGGCUUGAGAUGUUGAAACCAGCGGACUCAACAGCAACUAGCCUGAACUUGAAAAGUCUAGCACGGUCAAUCAUUGACGUGAAUAAUUCUUUCUUAAACACCAGAGUCCUAACACGCGCCAACGUUAUCAAUAUCAUUUCAUCAAAGACAGAUCCUGUUGAAAAGGUCUUUGACACAUACACCGCGACACUUGGAGUUCCCAUGGAGAAGGUUUCACUCAUCGACAAGUCUCAUAAAGAGUUGGCCGAUGAAACUGAAGCAUAUGCUCCGUACGAAAGCUUUCAGACCCAGAGGAUUUCAUCUUUUAUCCCAUGCUAUGACAGUCAUAAUGCACCAAGCACCUUCGGUUUACCCAUUCAAGUUCAACACAACCCGCGGAUUCACUGGAUUGAUGAGCACGAUACCAUGACUAAAUGGCUGAAGUCUUGGGGUCUCGCUCUUCUGCAUAUUCAUGGCACCUCCAGAAUUUCCAACGUGGCUCAGCAUGUUUAUGAAGGGAUAAUUGGAAAGAGCUCGUACUUCCGAUGCAUUCUCUACUUCAAAUUCGACAAACACGAUAUCCGCAGGAAUUCCGUCGGAGCCAUGGCAAACUCCUUCUUGCUCCAGAUUCUCAGCCAGAUAAGAGAAUCUCCUAACGAUAAGAUGCCGGACAUAGAACCGCCCGAUUUCUCAGACUGUUGGACCGAUAAAGAUGCCUUCUACUUUUUGGAGAAGCUUAUGGGGGACGUAACAACACACGGUGAAAUUCACUGGAUCAUUGACCGAUUUGAUCAGUGUGACGACAGCAGUGCUUUGUUGUCCAUGGUCUCUGAUAUGGCCAAGAAUUCUGAGCAGCAUUUCAAGAUUCUGGUGACGACCGUUGAUGACAGUAGGAUCUGCGAGGCUCUAUCAGAGUUUCCUACGAUUGACUUGAGAGAGCACCCGCUGAAAGCUGAAGUUAUGGAGAGCAUUGUGCUCGAAUUCAUGACCGAACUGUGCCACGUGCGACCACAAUAUCGCCACGUUAAGAAAGAGAUACGACAAUUACUGGAAUUCUGCAGUGACGAUGACUUGCUACGCCGCUUCCUUUUAGAAUGGCUCCUCGUCGUCCCUUGUGCAUCUACAAAGUCAGCUCUAGAGCGGCGCCUCGUAUCACUUACACCUCUUUCACCGGCUAAGAUAUUCGAACGAUGCUUUGAUGCAAUACCUGAAAGCUCGCGGCCGUGGGCUCGGAAAGUCUUGAUGUGGAUGUCGUUCUCCUUUCGACCAUUGACUCCUGAAGAACUGGGGAGUGCACUCAGCAUCGGCGCCUCAACGGACCCAGUCCCUGAGCAGGAGGUAUAUGGAGAUCUCAUGUGGGAUAUUGAAAACUGCCUUGGGCCCAUGAUAAUCCUAGAGAAUGGUCAAGUUCGAUUUCGCCAUCCAGCCGCUCGGGACUUUUUGAGGACUACAAAUGACGCUUCCGCCACAAACCAGCCUUGGUACGCUUGUAAGUCUUCAGAAGACGGCCAUCGAGAGAUUGCGGAUGCUUGUGCUGGAUAUCUCACCUUACCUUCUACCCAAGACAAGAUCCUAGCAGCUUGCCGAACAUGUCCUGUUGUUCAACGAAUAUUUGAGUAUCCAUCAGAUAUCACAUCGUAUGCUGUCGAAUUCUGGAUACUGCACUACCAACUAGGGUAUUUAGAAAUAUCUCCAAAGCCACAGUCUUACAGCAUCGCAAACUUCUUCAACGAUGGUGCGGCACUCAAGCGUUGGGAUGCGGCCAGAUGGUUCCUUUCAAAUCUUCAUAUCAGAUCGGACAGACUCUUCCUCUCACAUACGCCAGUGAUUGCAUCUAUAGGCAACGAAAGCUGGAUCAGAACCUGGAUUCAGUCUCAAGAACCUGACGAACGCGAUAUUUCCCAGGCACUUAUCGAGGCAUCGAGAUACGGACGUAGCGAUGUUGUGAAGUUACUCCUACAAAAGUCAAGCGCAAAUGCAGAUGUCUGCCUCGAAGCUAUAAUGGUCGCAGGAAGAUCAGCAGAAUUAGAAACAUUAGGGGUCUUGCUAACGUAUGCCACUGAAAAUCUACACAUAGCUAAGUGGCCUGGCACGCUUACUUCGCGGCUGGCUUACCUCGGUUCAGCCGAGCACUUAAAGACCAUCUUACAAGCUGGAGCGGACGCUAAGUCGACAGAUCCGAAUUGUUCGCCACCUCUUCACUGCGCCAUCGUCAGAGAUGAUACUGCAGCUUUUGACACCCUUAUAGAGCACGGAGCUGACCCUGCUGCCGUCAACCCCAACUGGGUAGACACGCCGCCCAUAGUGGUAGCUGCCAAGUAUGGCCGAGCGAAGGUCAUCGACAGGCUAGCCAAAUCAGCACUCGUUGAAGCGCAGGAUAAGAAGGGCAGGAAUUCUCUAUGGUAUACUGGGGGUAGAGGCCAUCACGUAGUGUUUCAAGCACUCGUCAAAGCUAGAGCGAACACAGAAGUCCUCACUGCCAAUGUGAGGGAACUUCGACCUGCCUUGAUCCCCAUCUCAGGUGCUCCAUACCCAAAAUGCCUCAAGUCAGUACUUGAUGCUGGCGUGGAUAUCAAUUCAAAGUUGAGAGAGGUUCACUCAUUCCAUGCAUUGGGCAUAGCGGCACGAUCGGGCCAUGUUGAGAUUUGUCGUAUGCUGCUUGAACACGGCACGUGCAAAGAGUUCGAUGACGAUUCUGCUCUUAUCCAUGCUGCGAGAGCGGAUAAUGUUGAGAUUGUGAACAUGCUACUCAAAGAGGGCCACAAGGUUGAUAUACAGCUAGACGAUUCUCCUUAUCAUGGUACGCCUCUCGUGGCCGCUGCCAGGGCAGGCUAUCAAGACAUAGUCACAGCCCUCCUGGAGAACGGAGCCGACGUCAACUACGCUGCUCCCAAUGAGAUUACGCCUCUGAUGUCUGCCGUCCUGGGAAACGAAGCGACAAUAGCCAAGACUUUCAUUGAUGCCGGGGCGGAUAUAAAUGCUGUCAGCGGCGCCAACAACAAAUGGAACGCAACUCACUUUGCUUACAAUCUUCCCGAAUGUAUGAAGGUCCUUGUCGAAGCUGGAGCUGAUAUAAAUGCGCUCUCUGCUGAUGGCACGCCAUUCUACCUCGCCGCGUGUUUCAACCAGGUAAAGGUGGUCGAACUGCUUCUUGAACACAAACCAGAUCUUGAAACAAGAUGCCCAGAGGGUGACUUUACUGAUGCGGGUUACACGCCACUCCAUUGUGCAGCAUCCUGCGGUUACAAUGAGCUCCUACGGCUGUUACUGGAAAAUGGUGCUGAUAUCGAGGCGAAAACUCCAAAAGGCGGAACACCUCUGAUCCUAGCUGUGGCCACCAAGCAUGAAGAGACUGUCAAGAUCCUGCUGGAGUACAAUUUGGACGUUGACUCUAUAGACAUAUGGGGAGGUUCUGCUCUCUUCUGUCUUCCUAAACCCGCAAAUUCAUCUGUCGUCAGGCGCCUUAUAAACCGCGGUGCUAGUCUGACAAUCCGGAACAAGGAUAAGUUUACCCCCCUGGGACGAGCCAUCAUGAAUGAAGACCUUCCUUUAGUACGAAUGCUCUCCUCUCAAAAGUUUGACUUGAACGUGGAGUCUGCUAAGGAUGGGACAGCUCUGCACAUCGCAACAAAGCUGUGCGAUGUUGAUACCGUCAAAGUGCUCAUCGAGAAGGGCGCUAACCCGGAUAUCGCCAAUUCUUGGAUGUAUGGCUCACCGCUGCAGAGAGUGUUUGAGAAAUAUUUUACUUCUGCGGAAGAUAAGGACAUAAUUGCCCGGUAUCUAAUCAAUGAUGUUGGCGCCGACGUCAAUGUUCAUGGUGGUAACAUGGGAUCGGCCCUGAGUGCAGCGAUCCUGACUGGCUCUAUAGAUAUUAUCAAGCUCAUGCUUGAGAAAGGUGCUGACAUCGGCUGGCAAGACCUUCAUGGACGACGACCUAUACAUUAUGCAGCCUUGAAAACAGUUCAGCACUUUCGUCUAUUACUCGAGGCAAGUGGCGAUGAUGAAGAACGUCUCGGCAUCACGACAAAGACCAAGUCUGGCCUGACAGUGCUACAUUUUGCUGUAGCAACAGGAAGAUCUGAUCUUGUCGAAUUGGUGCUGUCUCUUACCAACGGCAUAAUAUCUAUCAAUGAGCCUGACGACGAUGGUUGGACGCCUCUGCUCUGGGCAUGUCGCGUUUGUGAAAGCUGGGGCACGCCCGAUGAAAUUAGUCCCGAGAUCGUGAAACUUCUUCUGGAUCGUGGAGCAGACCCGUCGGUUCGAGGUCGGACGUCUGAUGACAGAGAGUGGUCGCCGCUCAAGAUGGCCAGAUACUAUGGAGCAUCACAAGAAGUGAUAGACUUGUUAACAGCAAGCCCUAGUAAGAAGAAGGAGGAUGACUGGAAGUCAAAGUUCCAUCUUUCCAAGAAGGCAGUGCGAACUCCAUGGCUUUGCGACUUGUGCCACUUUCACUCCUACGGCACCCUGUACCUCUGUAGCGGUUGCGAUAUUUCGUACGAGUUGUGUUUCAAGUGCUAUCGGUACAGAGAGGAGGUUCAUCCGUAUCACGAGAAAUGGGAAGAACAGGGCCCAGAGUUUGUUGAAGAUGAUGAGGCGGAAGAGGAGGAGGAGAAGGGAGAGGAAGGGGAUGAUCCAAAGAGUUCACCAGGGAUUGAGCAGGUACAGGAUGAUGAUUCAGAAGGAGAUUGGUCCAACGAUGAAGCCGACGGAGAGAGUAAAUAA